UCAGCCUGGUCUUGCAGCUGUGUGUGUGUGACAAGCAAGAAAUGCAAGUGAAGUGGUCAUGAACUGUUUACCUGGGAAGCAUUUCUACCUCCUUGUGGGAAAAUGGCGACCAAGCAGAAUCAGAAGGUGUUUGAGAUAUGUCCAAGUCUGAUACCUCUGAACAAACAGCAGACCUGCUGGGAAGGUUUCAUAACUAUCAAGGGUCUUGAUAUGCAUCUAAGAAUUGAAAUUCCUGAAGACGGUGAUCACACGAGGGCCAAGUUGCUCGGUGAUUGGCAACUCAACCAGUAUCUCCAUUCUCAUCAGAUUAGUAAGAGAUUGAAGAAUACUCCAGACCUGGCUACAUUUUUAAGUGAACUUAAACAUAUUAUGGAGCUCACAAUGCAGCAUCGUUAUGACGGACAGAAAGAACGGACUAGCAUGACCAUGUCGACACAGUGCUCCCAAGUGAUGCAAGACAUCAACCAAUUAGGAUGGGAGAAGCUGUCCUAUGUGGAUCCAUCAUUCAGACGUUUAGAGUUAACUUCCAGGGGGGAUAAUGGCCGAGAUCAUUGUAUCACAGUACAUAUGGAUCCUCAGCAUCCAGUUGUGGCUCCAACCUGCACAACAGAUCUACCUGGAGAUGCAUUUGAACUACACUGGACGCGGAAAAGUUCGUUAGCGGAUAUUUAUAAGCAGUUUGAGGGGUGCUUGGAGAAGUACAAGGAUUUCUGGGAUACUGUGAGCGAGAUUGACGAGCAGACCUGGGUUCUAGAACCGGAGAAGCCUCGUCCUUCAGACACAGCCAGGAGAAUUGCUCUUGGUAAUAACUCAUCCAUACAAGUAACACUGGAUCCGCUCUACCCAAAGAUGCUUCCCAAAUUCAGAUUUCUUGGCGCUGACCAUGUCAUCAAUCCAUUACGUGAGAAGUUGAAUAGCAAUCUCAACGACUGGAACACAAGUAGAAGUCUACUCAGCAACCUGAAGUCAGUACUGAACGUUGAGUUUCCAUCACCCUCAUCUAGUCGUAAAGAGGACUUCAGUGAAGAAUGCGCCAUCUGCUUGUCGUACCACCUGGAGGGCGCUAUACCAGAACGGGCGUGCGACAGUCCUCAGUGCAACAAACCCUUUCAUUACAACUGUUUGUAUGAGUGGUUGCGCUCUUCUUCGUCAAGCCACCAAACAAAUACCAUAUUUGGAGAGUGUCCAUACUGCAGUAAGCCAAUCACAAUCAAGAGAAAUGACAGCAGGUGAUACUAGAGGAAUGUUUGAGUUCUCCAAAUGUUAUAUGGAAUAGCACUCUGAAAUAAAGACAUUACAAAAUUUGAAUCUACAUGCAACUUUUGGAAGUUUCUUUGGUGUCCUUUUUAAUGCCGUUGACAUUACGGGCAAAGUUCGCUUAAGGACCAAUGUUUAACGAGUGGUUGUUAAAUCACGUAUGAAGGGCAUGCACACGGACGUUGUAGUUUCUGAUAACUGGUCCACUCUACACUGUGCUAUGAAUACAGCUGUUGGUAACCAGCGAUGCGACAGAACCAGCGAUGCGACGCAACUAUGCCUGGUAGGCAGGUUCCAAAUACAUGUAGUCGACUAGCAUAGUCCAUCAUCGACUUAACAUUUUCUGAUAACUUGUUGACUUUGAACUAUGCUAUGAAUAGGGCGGUUGAUAACAAUGCUCAGCAAUGCCACCAUGCCUGGUAGGCUGGUUCCAUAUAGUCGACUAGCUUACUCCAACUAUCAUUGACAAAACAUUUUCUGAUAACUUAUCUACUUUGAUCCACUACCAUGCCUGGUAGGCUGGUUCCAAAUAGUCCACUAGCGUAGUCGAAUUAUACUAGACAGUUUUACGAGAUAACUAAGUCAUCAAACUAUGGUCAAGGAUAGUCUUAGCACAAUCUUGGCAAGAGAUGCAGUUGCUACCCACAGUUGCCUUGCUAAAUGAAGAUGUAUUUGAUGUUCUUGAUAAAUACCAUGUCAAGGUUUUUUACCGUUUUCUCUUUAUGCAGGAACUUUAUUCAGCUGUAACUUUUGUUGUAUUUUUCUGGAUAAUUUUGCCUGUAAUUCAGCAUUUUGUUGACAAAAAGUUUGGAGAGUUUCUCAAUAGACCCCUUGCAUAAUACAAAAUGCUACAGAGACACUAAGGGUGCAGGUCACGUGCACGCUUUUACGCAGAAAGCUACAGGGACACUAAGGGUGCAGGUCACGUGCACGCUUUUACGCAGAAAGCUACAGAGACACUAAGGGUGCAGGUCACGUGCACGCUUUUACGUAGAAAGCUACAGGGACACUUAGGGUGCAGGUAACGUGCACACUUAAACGCAGAAAGAACAGCUAUCGUCCAAUGAUUUGCUUCGUUUGGUCUCAGAGAGAGAGUAUUACGACAGAUGCAGGGGGUCUAUUCUUAUGUUCACUAUAGUCUGAAUCAAUAUUAGACACUAUAAAAAGCGUGCAAAGCAGCAGAUAAAUUUACAACUGAGGGAGGCUUCUAAAACACGUGUGUUUUGCAAUCUUAACAAGUCAAAUUUAUUCAACUAGUCGUAUCGUUUUAAUUACACACGACAAGUGAGUUUCUUUAGAAAGUAGAAGAAAAACUGAAGUACUUGAAAAUACUUGGCUAUAUAUUUACAGAGAAAGUGACCGCUACAUCUUUGACAUCUGUUAAUCUACCCAAUUAAAGGAGAAUUGGUUCAAAA